CUGCAGUGAGGAGUCCUCUGCCGCAUUAAAAGGCGUCCUCGCCGUCCGUCCGGCGGGUGGAAACCAGACCAGCACACAAUCCGCAAGGCCGGCCAACGCCAACCCCCAAUCAGCGAGGCAACAACAAACCACCCGACCGGACCAAGGAGCAGUAGCAAUGAGCGGCGCCGCGGAGGAGGCGUUGCUGCGGGAGUACGUGAUCGGCGAGGAGAUCGGGCGCGGGCGGUUCGGGACGGUCCGCCGCUGCUACGCCGCGUCCACGGGGGAGCCGUUCGCGCUCAAGACGACGCCCAAGGCGGCGCUGCGGGAGCUGGAGGCGGACCCGCUGGACCUGGCGCUGGCGGAGCAGGAGCCCAAGGUGCACCUCCUCGCGUCGGCCGCCAGCCGCCACGUGGUCGCGCUCCACGCCGCCUUCGAGGACGCCGACGCCGUGCACCUGGUGCUGGACCUCUGCGCGGGCGGGGACCUGUUCGCGCUCGUCUCCGCACGGGGACCGCUCCCGGAGCCCGAGGCGGCGGGCCUCGUCGCGCAGCUCGCGGACGCGCUGGCGGGGUGCCACCGCCGCGGGGUCGCGCACCGCGACGUCAAACCCGACAACCUCCUCUUCGACGCCAGCGGCGCGCUCAGGCUCGGGGACUUCGGCUCCGCGGACUGGUUCGGGGACGGCAGGCCCUUGACGGGGCUGGUCGGCACGCCCUACUACGUCGCGCCCGAGGUGGUGGCCGGCAGGGAGUACACCGAGAAGGUGGACGUGUGGAGCGCCGGGGUCGUGCUCUACAUGAUGCUCUCCGGGACCGUGCCCUUCUCCGGCGCCACCGCGGGGGACGUCUUCCAGGCCGUGCUCCGCGGCAACCUGCGCUUCCCGCCGCGCGCCUUCCCUGCCGUCUCGCCCGAGGCCAAGGACCUCAUGCGCCGCAUGCUCUGCAAGGACGUCUGGCGCAGGCUCUCCGCCGAGCAAGUCCUAAGUCACCCAUGGAUUGUGACUCGCGGCGGAAGUGUGGCGGUGGCCUGAUUUAGAUGCUCGGCCGCGUCAUCCGAUGAAUCUCCAUCUGCAGUGUAGAUAGUGGCGUUCGUCCAAGAGGAGUAGAGAGACCUUUUGCAGUUGAUGUCUUUGCUUUGGUUCUGCCAAUCGUCAAUGAACAGUAGUGCCUGCCGUAGUUGGUUACUAGUAGAAUUAGUAGCACGCAGCAGUAAUCCUUAGUGUUCGUCAUGUUCUGCAGUAGGAGUAAUCCUUAGGCGAAGCAGGAAUUUGGGGGGCUUCCUCUUCCUGGGUUCGUGUUGCUUCAUCUUUGCAUUGCAACCCAUGUAUAGUACUACAGCCUUCAUGUGGCUGAAGAAGAGAGGACUAGCUCUGUUCAGGAGAAAAUGGAACCCAAAAAAACUCCCAGAAAAUCUAUGUACAGUUCAGCUUCAGGCUUCAGCUUUGUGCCUGCGUGUCUCAUCGAUUUUGGUACCGAACUUCUGUGUCUUCUAAGCAGUUUCUACUUU